AUGACUUCUUCUUUAAACCCUAGCCAAAAUAAUGGAAUUAAAGAAGAUGUUGUUGUGGUGAUGGUACCUUUUUUAUUACAAGGACAUCUCAAUCCACUCCUACAUAUCUCUCGACUCAUCUCUUCCUACAAUUUACCAAUUCAUUAUAUUUGCUACACUGACAAAAUUAAACAAGUGAAAAAUCGCGUUCAUGGUUGGGACCCUCUUACUACUUCUAACAUCCAUUUCCAUGAAUUCCCAAAUCCACCAUCUCGCGGUCAAUAUUCUUCAGAUAAAUCUGAAUUCGAGUCACAAAAAAUCGUGAUACCCCUCCUUGAAGAGUCCCUUAUGUUGCGCGAGCCUGUGGGUGCAUUCUUACUAGAGGUUUCAAAAAACACUCGUAGGGUAGUAGUCAUUUAUGACUCUCUCAUGGCUAGUGUUGUUCAAGACGUUGUUUCUCUACCAAAUGCAGAGGCUUAUUGUUUCAAUGUCGUCCCUGCUUUUAUGAUAAGUUCCAUGUAUUUGGAAGAUGAACUGAUACGACUCCACCUCCCCUCCUUUAUUGGCAAAUUUGUCGUGAGAUUUCUACUCCCUCGUGGAUUUGAAUUUCCCAAUAAUCUCCCGUCCUAUAAAAGUAGUUUCAUACCCGAAUUCAUGGACUUCAUUAUAAUGCAACACGUGCAAAACAAUUUUUGCUCUGGAAACCUCUACAACACAUGCAAGGAGAUUGAGGGACCUUAUCUCGAUGUUCUUGCAAGGUUCGAUAGGUUACUAGGAAGAGGCACCAAGCAAUGGGCUAUUGAUCCAUUACUUCCAAUCGUGACCAUUAAUAAUGAUGAUGAUCAAAACAACAUGAUCCAUCGUCACGAGUGUUUGAAAUGGCUAGACAAACAAGAACCAAACUCGGUAUUAUUAGUGUCAUUUGGCACAACAACAUCCUUAUCCACAGAGCAAAUCAAAGAGCUUGCUAUCGGGUUGGAAAAGAGUCAACAGAAGUUCAUUUGGAUAGUGAGUGAUGUGCUGUUAAAAGAAGGUGAACAAGUCCAAAUUCCCAAGGGUUACGAAGAGAGAGUACAAGGAAGAGGAUUUGUGGUGAAGGAUUGGGCACCCCAAUUGGAAAUCUUAGGGCACUCAGCAACAGGAGGAUUCUUGACUCAUUGUGGGUGGAAUUCUAUUUUGGAGUCUGUUACCAUGGGAAUUCCAUUAGCCACAUGGCCUAUGGUUUUUGACCAACCAAGGAAUGCAGUGCUCAUCACAAAUGUGCUCAAAAUUGGCAUCGAGGUGAAGGAUUGGGAACGACGUGAUGAGUUAAUUACAUCCACAACUAUUGAGACCACGAUAAGAAAAUUGAUGGCUUCACCGGAAGGAAAUGAGGUGAGGAAGAAUAUGGUAGAAUUGGGUAAAAAAGUUAGACAAUCCAACAGUGUUGGUGGCAAUUCUAAGAAAGCAAUGGAUUCUUUCAUUGCUCACAUUACUAGAUCCUAG